CACAAGACGGUGAAGACGCCAACGUUGAGAAUGAAGAAGCUGAAUUGGCAGAAGCUGCCCUCCAACGUGGUGAGAGAAAGUCACUCAAUGUGGGCUUCAGUGAGCAGCAGCAGCGAGGAAACUAUAGAGCCCAAUUACACAAGCAUAGAGCAGCUGUUUUGCUUUCCACAACCAACCCCCAAGGAGAAAACGGCUGCACCAGUGAAGGCAGAACCAAAGGAGAUCACAUUUUUGGACUCCAAGAAAAGUCUCAAUUUGAACAUAUUUUUGAAGCAAUUUAAAUGCUCCAACGAAGAGGUGGCUGCCAUGGUCCAGAAUGGGGACCGGACCAAGUUCGAUGUUGAGGUUCUGAAGCAGUUGCUGAAGCUUCUGCCUGAAAAGCAUGAGAUAGAAAACUUGAAGGCCUUCAAAGAAGAGAAAUCAAAGCUUGCAAAUGCAGAUCAGUUUUAUCUUCUCCUUCUUCAAAUUCCCAGCUACCAGCUGCGCAUUGAAUGUAUGCUGAUCUGUGAAGAGACCACCGUUGUGCUGGACAUGAUUCAGCCGAAAGCUGAAGCCAUCCGGAGAGCCUGCGAAGAUCUUCUGAACAGUCAUCGCCUGCCGCUCUUUUGUCAACUGAUUCUCAAAGUUGGAAACUUUCUGAACUACGGAAGUCACACGGGUGAUGCCGAUGGGUUUAAAAUCAGCACUUUACUCAAACUAACAGAAACCAAAGCAAACCAAACCCGCAUUACGCUGCUCCACCAUAUUCUGGAGGAAGUAGAAAACAGCCACACGGACCUACUGGAACUGCCAAAGGAUCUUGAAUAUGUUUCAAAAGCAGCAGGAAUUAAUCUUGAUAUUAUACGCACAGAGUCCAAUACCAAUUUAAAGAAGUUGCUGGAGCUUCAGCGAAAGAUUUUAUCAUCAAACGAUGAUGUGAAACAACAGUAUGAGAAACCUAUCCAGGAUAGCAUUGAUGCCUCCAGAAAGCUGGAAGAAGAAUUUGAAACCAUUGAAAGAAAGAGAGAAGAACUUGCAAAUUAUCUAUGUGAAGACCCAAGCAAGUUGUCCUUAGAGGACAUAUUUAGCACCAUGAAGACCUUCAGAGAUCUCUUCAUCCGAGCCCUGAAGGAAAACAAGGACAGAAAGGAGCAAGCUGCCAAAGCAGAGAAGAGGAAGAAACAGCUGGAAGAAGAAGAGGGGAAGAGACAGAAGGGAGAAAAUGGAAAAGUCAUUAAGAAGGGGGUGGUGAAGCAGGAGGAGGUGUGCGUCAUCGAUGCGCUGCUGGCUGACAUAAGGAAAGGGUUCACGCUGAGAAAGACAAAGAACAGACAUGAGUCGGAUGCACUUCCUAAAACCUCACCUGCAGAGAGCCCAGAGGAGAGCCAGUCUGGAAAGAGCAUUAAGGAUCCACAAGGAGCAGGAAAGCAGAUCAAUGAUAAGACCAAGCAAAACAACGAUGGUCAUCCCUCAGAAAGCACUCCCGCCUCAACUGCUGCUCUGAUGGAGAUGGGUGGAGAUGCUACAAAUGCCUCAGCUUCAAACCAGGCGUUAUCUAAAAACAAUGCUGGAGGAAAUUUGCCACCAGAAUCCUGGACGGAAAGCCCUUCAGUAAGCUUGGUGGAAGCUGACGGGGCCGGUCAGCCCAUGCCGGGCACUGGGAUGAAGCAGGCAGACAGCUGGGCAAGCCUCCAGCUGAGCACAAAGAGCAGCUCCAUUGCCUUCUCUGCUGCUAACAUAGGCACGGGGAUAAGGUUUGGGAGCAGCAGUUCGGGCACUGCUCUGAGAGACCAGCUCAACGGGUCCAUCUCAGAAGGCCAGGACAAGGAAUGCCCAGCUGAUGGCUCAGAGAGCUACAGGCUGGCACAGGAGCCAGAAACCCGGGUGAGCGAGACGGGGGUCGACUCUGGCAGCACUCAGUCCGCUGCCUGCGAUGAGGCUCAUCUGGCAGAGUUGAAAGAGAUGGCGAAGGAAAAUGAAGACCCUGGUACAGACUCGCUGUUGGACACCUCUCAAGAGAAGUCCUUCUCGGAGGAGCCAGCCACCGACUCCUCUUGUUCGGCAACACUCCCCCCAGGGCAAACUCACACCGACAGGGAAAAGCAGAGGCCAUCUGGGAAACGGAGGAAGAAGAAGAGGCACAGCAAAAGCUACUCAGCAGAGGUUGAGACUGAUACUGGAGAUAAUAAACCAAAAAAAGGUUGUGUGGUACAAUGA